AUUGACAUUUUGAAGUUGCUUCUCCGGGGUGUUUGAACAGGAAGGCGGACAUGUUGGCCAGGCUGUGGGAGAAAAUCGGGCAUCGUCUGCUGUUUUUUUCCCCCCCAAAACCUAACAUACAUCAAAAUCCAAUCUGUUUGCCUUCGAUCUGAGAGAUAAAGCCGUCUGGACGACGAGCAGUCGACAGUCAGUGACAGUGCACGGGGCUGCGGCGGAAGGACUGCCGUUAAACGCUGUAACGACUCCGUGUUUCAACUGAUCGAAAUUUGGAAGAAGCAGAAGUUUUUUUUCCCACCACUUCUACUUUUGAGCUGUCAGAUUCGUUUGUCGUUUUCUGCAAGGGCCUGGCACAGAUAUGGGAACGGGCCCGGACUAACCCUCCCACAAACUGUGCUUUCCAAAUAGACGUUACAUUCAAGUUUAAGUUGCCUUUUGUUUGGAUGCACCAACAUUUUUAAGCCCUUAUCCUCUGCGGCAUCCUGCGGAGGCUGACUAAUCUGUCGCCGCAUUUAUCUUCUACCACUGAAGUUAUUUGCCACUCAUACUGGGAAACAUCUUUCGACACUGGAAAUGUGGCUUUUGUAUAUUCAACGCAACCAGAAACGUUUUAUCGUCUGUGAAAACUCGAGGAGAACGAUGUGUUUUCUUUGAAGUGCGGCGGAAAGUUCACACGAAGAAAGGAACAUUUGGCUAGCUAGCUACCGCUGGCUGCUAAGGCUAGCUAGCCAGCCUUCUGCCUCGCCAGUGAGCUUUUUUUGUUCAUAACUCAACACCGGGACUGAGUUCAACAGCAAAAAUGUCUGCUGGAGAAAGUCUGGGGGCUCGAUUUGAAAAAAUCGAUGCCAUGUUGAAGGACCCAAAGUCAGAAAUAAAUACGGAUUGUCUUCUGGAUGGCUUGGAUGCACUGGUGUACGACCUUGACUUCCCUGCCCUGAGGAAAAACAAGAGCAUUGACAACUUUUUGAAUAGAUAUAAGGAAACCAUUAGUAAAAUCCGUGACCUACGCAUGAAAGCGGAAGACUAUGAGGUGGUUAAAGUUAUCGGGAGGGGUGCGUUUGGAGAGGUGCAAUUGGUAAGACACAAAGCCACAUGCAAGGUAUACGCCAUGAAGCUGCUGAGCAAGUUUGAGAUGAUCAAAAGGUCGGACUCUGCUUUCUUUUGGGAGGAGAGGGACAUCAUGGCUUUUGCCAACAGCUCAUGGGUGGUGCAGCUCUUUUUUGCCUUCCAGGAUGACCGCUACCUCUACAUGGUGAUGGAAUACAUGCCCGGUGGCGACUUGGUUAACCUGAUGAGCAACUAUGACGUCCCAGAGAAAUGGGCCCGCUUUUACACGGCUGAGGUGGUGCUGGCUCUGGACGGUAUCCAUUCUAUGGGCUUCAUUCACAGGGACGUGAAGCCUGAUAACAUGUUACUAGACAAAGCAGGCCACUUAAAACUGGCAGACUUUGGGACCUGCAUGAAAAUGAACAAGGAUGGUAUGGUACGAUGUGACACAGCAGUGGGAACUCCUGAUUACAUUUCACCUGAGGUACUGAAAUCCCAAGGAGGAGAUGGCUACUACGGCAGAGAGUGUGACUGGUGGUCAGUGGGAGUGUUCCUGUACGAAAUGCUAGUUGGUGACACACCUUUCUAUGCAGACUCACUGGUUGGGACAUACAGCAAAAUUAUGAACCACAAGAACGCCCUGACCUUUCCCGAUGACAGCGACAUCUCCAAUGAUGCCAAGAAUCUCAUCUGUGCUUUCCUGACUGACAGGGAGGUUCGUCUCGGCCGUAACGGUGUAGAUGAGAUCAAGAGGCAUCCUUUCUUCAAGAAUGAUCAGUGGACAUGGGAGAACAUCAGAGAAACUGCUGCCCCAGUAGUGCCAGAACUGAGCAGCGACAUCGACACCAGUAACUUCGAUGACAUCGAGGAAGAUCGGGGAGAAGAGGAGACCUUUCCGAUACCAAAGGCCUUUGUGGGCAACCAGCUCCCCUUUGUAGGCUUCACUUACUACAGCAAUCAGCACCUUUCGCGCAGCUCCACCACCGCCACCACAAAAGCCAGUGACAAACGUAGCAGCUCCACAAAGGAAGACAAGAGUCAUCUGGAGAACCUGCAGAAAAGAAUCUACCAGCUGGAGGAACAGCUCCACAGUGAGAUGCAGCUGAAGGAUGAAUUGGAGCAGAAAUGCAGGACCUCGAACACCAAGAUCGACAAGAUCAUGAAAGAACUGGACGAAGAGGCAAACCUGAGGAAAAGUGCCGAGGCCAGCAUGUCUCUGCUGGAGAAGGACAAAAUCAUGCUGCAGCACAGAUUCACCGAGUACCAAAGAAAAGCUGACCAGGAGGCAGAGAAGAGACGCAAUUUGGAGAACGAAGUGUCAACUUUAAAGGAGCAGCUUGAAGAUAUGAGAAAGUUAAGCCAGAACUCUCAGGCCUCAAAUGACAAGAUUGCCCAGCUGCAGAAUCAGCUGGAAGAGGCCAACGACCUCCUGCGGGCAGAGUCGGACACGGCAGCGAGACUGAGGAAGAGCCACACGGAGAUGGCCAAGUCAAUGAGCCAGUUGGAGACUUUGAACCGGGAGCUGCAGGAGAGGAGCCGCGCAGUAGACGGAGAGAAAGCCCAGCUGGAGAAGGAGCUCCUGCUUAUUCAGAGCACCCUGGACUCAGAGAGGAGGAACUACAGCCAAGGCUCUGAGGAGAUCAGGGAGCUGCAAGUGAGGAUGACAGGGCUGCAAGAGGACAACAAAAGCUUGAAGCUCAACCUUUCUAAAGUAGAGGCCGAACGCAAACAGGCCCAAGAGAGAAGCAAUAACCUGGAGAAGGAAAAGAACAACCUGGAGAUAGACCUGAACUACAAACUGAAGACCCUGCAGGAGCGUCUGGAGCAAGAACAGACCGAGCACAGGGUGACGCGGGCACAGCUCACCGACAAAUAUGAGUCUAUUGAAGAAGCCAAAUCAGCUGCCAUGAAUGCUGUUCAGCAGAAGAUGUCGGAGGAGAACGGAGCGAGGAUGCGAGCGGAGAGCCGGGUAGUGGAGGUUGAGAAGCAGUGCUCGAUGUUAGAGUUUGACCUCAAGCAGUCCGUGCAGAAGAUGGAGCAGCUGAUGAAGCAAAAGGAAAGGCUGGAAGACGAAGUGAAGAGUCUGCGGAUACAGCUAGAACAGGAUUCAAACAAGCGCGUCCAGGCCCAGAACGAGCUGAAGGGUCGCAUGCAGGAGAUCGACCGUCUCCGGUGUUCAGAGAAGCAGCUCAAACAGGAGAUCAACACAGCACUAGAGAGUAAACGCUCCCUGGAGUUCCAGCUGGCACAGCUGACCAAACAAUACAGAGGUAACGAGGGACAGAUGAGGGAACUUCAGGACCAGCUUGAGGCCGAACAGUAUUUUUCUACGCUUUACAAAACUCAGGUCAAGGAACUAAAAGAGGAGAUCGAGGAUAGGAACCGGCAGGUACAAGAGGCUCAUAAAAAGGUGCAGGACUUGUGCAGUGAAAGGGACUCCCUGUCUGCCCAGCUGGAUCUGACUGUGACCAAGGCUGAGUCAGAGCAGCUUGCCCGGGCGCUUCAGGAGGAGCAGUACUUCGAGCUCAGCCAAGAGAACAAGAAGACAGUAACUAGACAUAAGCAGGAGAUCGGGGAGAAGGAGUCUACUAUUGCACGACUUGAGGAAUCCAAUAAAACUCUGACCAAAGAUGUGGAGAACCUCAGCAAAGAGAAGUCCGAGUUGAACGAGAAGCUUCGUACUCAGGAAGAAGAGUAUACAGCUCAGAAGGAAGAAAUUACAAAUGCAAUCAAGGCCAACUAUGAGAAGGUCCUCAAUACAGAGCGUACACUGAAGACUCAGGCGGUGAACAAGCUGGCAGAGAUCAUGAACCGCAAGGACAUGAAGCUGGACCAGAAGAAGAAGGGCAGUACCGCUGACCUGCGAAAGAAAGAGAAGGAGAACCGCAAGCUUCAGCUUGAUCUCAACCAGGAGAAGGAGAAGUUCAACCACAUGGCCAUUAAGUAUCAGAAGGAGUUGAGCGAGAUGCAGGCGCAACUGGCCGAGGAGUGCACAUAUCGCAACGAGCUGCAGAUGCAGCUGGACAGUAAGGAGAGCGAUAUCGAGCAGCUCCGGGAGAAACUCAACGACCUGCAACAGCGCAUGGAUAACUCUAGCGUCACCAGCUUGCAGACAGACGAGACAGACAGCAACAUCGCAGAAUCCAGAUUGGAGGGUUGGCUGUCUAUUCCUAACCGCGCUAAUAUCAAGCGAUACGGAUGGAAGAAGCAGUAUGUGGUGGUGAGCAGCAAGAAGAUUCUGUUCUACAACGAUGAGCAGGAUAAGGAACAGUCCAACCCUUCGAUGGUACUAGAUAUCGACAAACUGUUUCACGUCAGACCAGUCACACAGGGAGACGUGUACCGAGCUGAGACAGAAGAGAUUCCAAGGAUAUUCCAGAUCCUGUAUGCCAACGAGGGAGAGUGCAGGAAGGAGGCGGACAUGGAGACGGUCCCUCAGGGCGACAAGACCAACUGUCUCCCCCACAAAGGCCACGAGUUCAUCCCCACGCUAUAUCACUUCCCUUCCAACUGCGAGGCAUGCGCCAAGCCUUUGUGGCAUGUCUUCAAGCCGCCUCCGGCCCUGGAGUGUCGCCGCUGCCACGUCAAGUGCCACAAGGACCACCUCGACAAAAAGGAGGAUGUUAUUGCUCCUUGCAAAGUAAACUACGAUGUGACCUCUGCCCGGGACAUGCUCCUGCUGGCUCUGACCCAAGAUGAGCAGAAGAAAUGGAUUGGCCACCUUGGAAAGAAGAUUCCUAAGACCCCACCAUCCACAUUUUCAAGAGCCUCACCUCGUACUAUGUCCACUCGCUCCGGACCGAACCAGUCCUUCCGCAAGAACCCUAAAAGCAAUACAGGAAAGCUGAGCUAACCGUCUGAACCAUUGGAUUCUUUUCUGGACUCUAUACUUUCCCUCCUCCCCCCUUCCUCAUCCUCAAAAAAAAAUGGAGAAACUUGUAUUAUGUAGAAAAUUCGGUUAAAAAAAAAAAAAAAAAAGAAAAUAUCAGAAAAUAACCAGCGCUGGAAAAUUACAAAACAUGUCAGACACAAGGCAUCAUGGACAUUAAGAGGCCUGAUACCCCCCACCCCCCACCUCCUCAGCCCUCUCACAUCCUCGAGAUAAAACAUCCAUCUACACAAAGUUGCAGCUCUCCAUUUCUACCAGAAGAUGGCACAGUCGUCUUGAAAGAUGGACAGAGGAGAGAUGGAGGGACUCAUGUUAUGGAGGCAUUCUGUGUUUCAUAUCAUUUGACAGUUCUGAUGGAAAUCGGAAGGUAAAAGGGGGUUUUGCUGGGACUUCUGCAAGUAUGUGUUCAGUUAAAGGUACUGUCAUACAGGGAUUGCAGAUCUGCAGUGAGUGGUUGUGUCUCAGGGGUGGAAAAAUGAAUAUCUAUUUUGUAAUUUUCUCUCCCCUUCUGACAGAGACUCAAGUUAAAUGUAAGCAUACUUCUGUUUUCAGCUAACAAAAAUGACUGAUGCCUUCAUCAAAUGUCUCUGGCCUUUUUGCCUUUAUUCUUAUUAUUCAGCAAGUCAGUUAUCAGGGUUGGGACAGAGUAUUGGGACAUGAGUAUUAGAUGUUUUGAGUAUUGAGUGAGGAGCAUGCAAGAUCAUCAUUUAAAUCUAUGCAUUAUUUUUAUUAUUAUAAUUAUUUUUAUUGCUCCAAGCCAUACGGAAACCUCCAUUGUAAUGGCAUAUAGGAGUGCUAAAACUUAAUUGACUUUUUUUCUGUUUAUUUGGUACAUUGUCUCUGUAAUAUUAUUUUCUUGUAUUGUUUUUUUUUUUUCUUUUUGUAAUGUAUUGCCUUACAUUGAUUCAUAGAUAAAUGGUUCAAAAGGAAAACAUUAAGUUAACAAAUGUAAAACUGCACUGUUUGAAUUGUAAAUUAUUUGUAGAAGACUAAACAGGUGUAGCAUUUGGCCCACCUAGUGCCUUAAUGUUUGGAUAUUGAUUUUACUGCCAUAUCUGUUUUUUUUUUUUUUUCUUUCUCCAAAACAAGACAAAUCUUAACUCUUCCAGCAUUUAUUUUUUAAGAAAUCGCCACACAUUCGUGGUUUUAUCGAAACUUACUUUCUGUGGUUUGAGUAUAUAAAAUAUAUAUAUUAGAUUACCUCUUUAUGGACACAUUGCAAUAGAGUUAGAGUGUAAAAACAAAGUCCCCAGACUCAGUUCAUAUCAUUUGACAAAUUUCGGGAUGGUGUACCUUAAAGCGAGGCCUACCUGUGUCAAUGAUUGUCUGUUAACAAUUACAAGUUGUUUCUCUAACACGGUAAUGUCCCGUUAAUGCAAACCCCCCCACAGUGUAUAUAAUGAGAGAGACAUAAGGAUUAUGGAAUACCUCCGCAAUCUUUUUAUUUGUAACUUUUUUGUUCAGUUAAAAAAAAGCACUGGAACUAUGAUCUACUCUUGUCUUGGAUAAUUUGCAUGGUUAAUUGCAUUGGAGUCCGCACUGAUAGAUAUGUCAAUAAACAUAUCUUUAUCAUUCA